AUGGAGACCACAAUUCUCAAGAAUGCUCGGAUCUUCACUUCGUCGCAGGGGUGUGAGGAACUGCAUCGUGGCUACAUCCUGAUGUCACAGGGAGUGAUUCGGAAAAUUGGUAGUGGCGAGGAUGAUGCUCUUACUCAGGCCAGAGCUCAAGGGGCAAGCGAAAUUGAUCUGAACGACAAGAUAAUAACUCCAGGUUUCAUCGAUAGCCAUGUUCACCUUCUAGCAUUCGGACUGGGAUUAGGGAAACUCAACAUCGUAACAUGCAAAUCGUUUGCAGAUGUCCGUUCGAAGAUCGCGGAAUACGCGCAGUCAAAUCCAUCUGCCAUUCGGAUCUCAGUCAAAGGCUGGAUCCAAGGGACUACGGAUGGAAAGGCUUUGGCAUCGAUGCUGGACGAUAUCGACCCACGACCAAUCUACAUCGAGGCCAUGGACCAACACUCGGUGUGGUGCAACACCGCUGCUCUCCUGGAGUUGAAUGUGGCAUCAAUGGAAAACCCUCCAGGAGGGACAAUCUGCAGAGAUGAGAAAGGGGCUGCCAGUGGAUUGCUCAUGGAGAGUGCAUAUCAUGGUAUCGUCAUUCCCUUCCUCGUACAGAACUUGAAUGAAGAUGAUAAGCGUGUGGCUCUCCAACGAGCCGUUGAAACGUACAGUGAAGCUGGAUGUACUGGUGUCGUUGAUAUGGCGAUGGACAAGGCACAGUGGGAAGGCCUCCGAAAAUAUAGAGAGCACAAUGAGAUGCCUCUGCAUAUUGCAGCGCAUUGGAUGAUCUCGUAUUCCGACAACGACGAGGACAUCCAGCGCCGCCUGGACGAAGCAAUCGCGAUGCAUAAGCAGUACCACCCUUCAACAUCACCCAGGUUCUGUAUCAACGGGAUCAAGAUCAUGGUGGACGGCACUGUUGAUGGAUGUACUGCUGCCCUGAGCCAGCCAUAUGGAGGCCAAUCCGAUCCCACAGAACCCAUUUGGUCUGCAGAGAAGUUGAAAAAGGUCGUCCAACUCGCAGACGCCGCAGGUCUACAAUGUGCUGUGCAUGCUAUCGGUGAUAAAGCCAUUAGCCAGAUCAUUGAUGCUUACGCUAGCUUGGGCAAUCCAACACGGCGACACCGUAUCGAACAUUUGGAACUUGCUUCCGAAGAAAGCGCGAAAAGGCUGGGCCAGUUGGGCAUUAUUGCUUCAGUGCAACCGGUGCAUUCAGAUCCUGUUUUGAUGGCAGCUUGGCCAGAUAUGAUAGGAGAACAUCGGUGCAAGCGAGCAUUUGCAUAUCGGGAAUUCCAUGAGUCAGGGGCUCGUCUGGCAUUCGGGACUGACGUUCCUACGGCUGCUCAUCCUCCUCUGCCCAAUCUCUACCAUGCCACGACAAGACGAUCGACUAUCAAUCCCUCCUUACCGGAUCGAACUAACCCGGAGUUUGCCGUUCCUAUGGCCACUGCUGUCAAGGCAGCAACAAUAAAUGCAGCCUUUUCUAGAUUUGCCGAAACCUGGACCGGCAGCCUUGCGGAAGGUAUGUCGGCAGACUUGGUUGUACUCGAUGGGGAUUGGGAACCCGAGAACUUGUUGAAUGCCAAGGUACAGCAAACUUGGUACCGGGGACAAAAGGUAUUUGACGCUCACCCAUAG